CGAAACGGCGAAGGCCAUUAAGAGCGAUGAAACGGAAUUCGUAGAAACGAAAGAAAGCGUACGAGUCGAUAAAAAUACGGAAAUAAUCAAACGAAUAGUCUCGAGCAUGAGAACGUUGGAAACGCCUAUGAGAGAUUUAACCAAAUUUAUAAAUUCGGCCAAGAAGGAAGCGCUGCCCGUUAAGUCCGAAGAAGAGAAUAGAAAAAUACGAGAGCUAACGGCUUUGAUACAGAUACUGAAUGAUUUACGGGCGACGAGCGUUUCCAUACGUUGCUCGCCCGCAUUUUCCGCAUACUCCAACUCGGAAGAUCUAUUUUCGAAUAUAAUCAACUCCGUGGAUACCGUGGAACGAGCUACAGCUAGUAUUCUUAUUUUGACGCAAGAACAUCUUGUACCUGAACUCAAAGAAAAAUCCCUCCUCGCUCUGAAGAAUCUCGCAAAGCCUUUGGAGUCGAUAGAGAAAUCGUUUUCGGCGGUACUACAGGUUGAAGGAAUAUCGAGAUUAACGACGGAAGAAAGAAACGGAUUAUCAACGGCAAUGGGGGAUCUCGUCGGGAUCGUUUCUACUCUUAGGAAAACCGUUUGCGCCAUCGACGACGCGAGAUCGGUAACGAUCGUCGAGGUCGCGAAACCGACCGAAACGGAUCGAGCGGGACCAUCCGUGGAAACGCUCGUCGCCGACUUACAACCGGUUCUAAAGGAGGCGUUAGAAACUUCCGCCGUUUCCCCGACGGAAGGGAUAACGCGCGAAGCUGCAGAGACUCCGGAGAAGGCUAGAGAAGACAAAGACCACGGUGGUAAGACGAUCGACGAGGUGGAAAAAUCGUUGAGAACGUUCGAUACGUCGACGGUUGCGUCUGGGGGAUCGGUGAUUGCUGAAACCGAAGACGUGAGCAACGAAGGAACGCUGUAUGUAGAAGACGAGCAAGAUUUUCAGGAACAACGCGCGAUCGUUGCGGUCGAUCGAGAAGAAUCUCUUUCGAUCUCGAUGCAAAGUACGUACGUUAAAUGCGUCGAGAAUAUCAUCGGUCCGGUCCAGGAGUUACGAGGAUCUCUUUCUCGAAUGGAGGAAGGACAAGUCGCGUUGGCACGUCCUUUGGAAGAGUUGGAAAAAUCGCUGCGACUCUUAGCGACUCGAGUCGCGGAGACCGCAACUGCGCGGGAUGAGAGCGCGGAAGAAUCGAGACGGGAGCCGUUCACGUUGCAACGAGCCAACGUCGCACUCGUUUUAGAGGAGUUACAAAAAUCGAUAGCUACGAUCGAAGAACGGGUAACGCUCGAAUCCGUCGCUUCAUUCCCUUCGGAGAUUACGUCGGUAGCAACGACGGCGGAAGUGGCGUUAUCUCUGAAAAAAUUACGAGAUUCGACUGCGACGUUGCAGCAGCUCUUUGAUAGCUCAGUACCAACCGUUGGAGCUACCGCAUUACCCUUGGAACGUUUCGCUGUGCUUGCGGAAGGAGCGAAAGAUCGAAAGGUCGACGUCGACUCGCAGAGACAGAUCAAAGAAGAAAACCUUGCUCGAACGAGAGAUGGCAAGGACGUGGAUCGUGCGGCGGCGACGCCGUCUGUCGGAGAGUUGCGAGAAGCGAUCAUGGAUUUGGCAAAGUCAGAGAUCGAAGAAACGGGUACUUUGCAGGAGACUGGACUUGCGUUCGCUUUAACCAAAUGGGUCGAGCCAUUGGAACAAUUGGAAAAUACAGUUUUCUCCGUGCUUGACGAACGUUCAGACGCUCCGUUCGAAGGAUCAUCGACCGCGACGACGACGUUAGAAGACCUGAAAACUUUCGUACAUCGUACCGAAGAAUGUCUUACGAUCGGUCGGAAGAAAUUAUCUUUGAUCGAGGGUACCGAAAGUUCGUCGUUGAUGCAAAAGGCUAACGAGUCUCUGGAAGAUCUCAAAACGUCCAUAGCGAUCGUUCGUCGAUCGGUGAACGUAGAAGAUUCCAACGAACGGCUUUCGGACUUCGUUAACGUCCCGAUCUCGGCUUUGCAAGAUUUGGCGAAGACCGUGGAGGAAGUUAAGAGAGACUGCGCGGUCGUGUUUUUGGAGCCAAAAAUCGCAAAAGCGCUCGAUAUAGGGUCCGGUAAAACAACGCCGAUAAAGGAAAACGUAGCGAUACUCGAGGACGUCGUAUCGCCGAUUCGUCUUUUGCGAGAAUCGAUAGCGACGAUCGAACUGGGAAAAACGUACGAAACCGAAGAGAUGAAAGUCGCGGAAGAGAAAAAGCCUGCAAGUUCGUUAAGUACUCUCGUGGAUCCGUUGCAACAAUUGGAGAAGAUAUUUGUCGCUGCUACGCACAGGGAACGGGUGAUCCUAGAGGAAACGGCAAAUCUCCCGGUAAGCGAAGAAGGCGCGAAAAUAUUGUCCCUUUCGCCGGUACUCGAGGAAAUGGAUCGAACUCUGGCGACGAUACAAGAGCAAGUAACGUUGGAAGGAGGAGCAGAGAGCGCGUCCAAGAGCGACGGAAAUACGUCACAGUUGAUGCAAACGAUCGCCGAGCCGUUGGUCGAAUUAAGAGCCUCCAUAGCGGCCAUCCAGAAAGUCGGCGAGAUUGCGAGCGAGCAAAAUUUGCACGAAUUAUCAGAUAGGGAAAACGUAAGCGCGUUGGAGACAUUCGCGAAAUCUUUGUACGAAUUAGCGGAAAGAAUCGCCGUGGUUGACGAUCAACGGGCGAUCUUCGAGCCCGCGGCCGACACAAUGUCCGAAGGUGCGUCUUCGUUAAAAACUUGGGCGGACAUAGCGGAAGAUGAGUCUCCUGUGAAGGUAACGCGAGCGAUGACGGUCGAGCAAGGCACCGUUGAAAGCCCCACCGAGGCUGUUUCGCCCUUUUCCGAGGAAGAAGACACGAUGCUGAGGACUCUCGCGAGGCCGCUCGACGAAUUGCGAGAAUUCUUGGCGUUGGUCGUCGAAGAACGAAGAACGACCGAGACGACGUCACCUUUUACCCCGAAGGAAGACGCUUCCUUGACGAAGUCCAUAGCGAAACCGUUGUUGGAACUGAGAAACGUUGCCGCCAUGGUAAUCGAGGAAAAACUGGCUAUCGAAUCGGCGAGAGAAAAAGCGUUCGGCGAAGAUGGGGGUCCGGCGAUGUCGAUCGAUCCUCUCAUUCAGCCUCUCGAAGAAGUUUGCAAUUCGAUCGCGAUCAUUCAAGAUCAAAUACUAGUCGAAAGCUUGCAGGAGGAACGUCCCGUUGAAAACGAAUUAGCGGUAUUGAGUGUGCUGGCCGAACCUUUGCUCGAUCUUCAAAGGUGCAUUUUGGUGCUAGAAGAACGAGUCAUAUCACCGGACGUUGAGCCCUUGCCGCAAGAAUUGUCUAAAGCCGACUGGACGACGAAGGAAUGCGUGGCGACUACGACGUUACAAGAGAUCGAAAAGUCGAUAGCCGAAAUUUGUGAACGCGUUACCGCUAUUCAAGCGGAUACGGUCAAGGCGAACGAACCGAGUAAAAUUACCACGCAGGACCGAAUUAUCGUUGAGAAGUUGAUAGAACCGGUCGAAGGUAUCAUAUCUGCGAUAUCGAACGUUGGGGAGGAGAUGAUACCACAAGGGACGGCUGUCGAACGCGGGAUCGAGUAUCAAGCUUUGAAGACGCUCGUCGAUCCGCUCAAAGCCGUUUCCGUCAGCUUUUCUCUCUUACGAGACGAAGCCGGCUUAAAUGUCGACCAAGAGGAAGCUAACAUCGAAGUAAUAGUCGAGUCUCUUUCAAAUUUGGAGAGAUGUAUUUCUAUCGUGGAGGAACAAGCGAUCGGCAAACCACUUGCUGAUCCAUUGUACGGCUCGGAAGUCGAUAAAACCGUUAUGAGUACCUUGAGAUUGCCACUGGUCGAAUUAAAGCGGACCAUUUUAGAGGUGGAGGAUUCCCCGACCGAGUACCUUCAAAACUUGGAAAAACCGUUAAAAGAUCUUUGUGCGACUUUAGAAACGAUAUCAACGGAACAACAAAAUCCGACGGCAGUUCAUUCGAUGACUCGGCAUACGUUGCCAUCUAUAGAAAUGACCAAAUUAUCGAUCAAACUAAUAGACGUCAUUGUCGGUAUUAACGAGUCGCUCGAGAGUGUAGAACAUGAGAUACGGGAUCAAAUUGGACGAGCUGAUAUUGAUGAAUGUACCGAAUGCGAACAAUUAGAGACGUUCAACGCGCCUCUUCAAGAGUUGAAAAAAUGCAUGGUGAGAGUUCAAGAAGAAGGUACGCUCGAAAAAGAAAGGAUAAUGGUGUCGCUCGGUAAAAUCCAUGAAUCCAUUGCUACCCUUAGGAAGCAGCACGCGUCCAAAUCAUUUCCACAAUCUGCGGACAUUUACGAGAAUCAGAAGGUUGGAAUACUUCAACCGCUUUCUCAACAUUUGGAUAACUUGGACGAUACCAUAGCGUCCAUAGAAGCCAAAGAAGAUGUGACGAGCGAACGUUUAGAAGCAUUGGAAAAGCCCCUUCGUAAUCUAUUCCAGGGUCUCAAUGAUUUGCGUGAUAAAUUAUUGAUCGGAAAAGUUCUUUGGAUACCUGACGAUAGGGCAGAAUCGCGUGAAGUAAGUGACACGAAAGAACGAAAAGAUGAUAAAAUGAAAGAUACAGAAAAAACGGAUCAAGUACAAUCACGGCAAGAAGAGCUAACGGAUGAAAAUCUAAAAAAGAAGGAAACUGAGAAAUUCAAACGUGAAGGAGAAGAAGGUCAACAAAAGGAAGAGCAUGAGAAACUAAAUAGGGAGGAAGAAGAACGCACAAGUAAAGAAACUGAGAGACGGAAGCUUGAAGAGGAGGAAAGUAAAAAGAAAGAGGAAGCUGACAAGUUGAAACUAGAAGAUGAGGAGCGUAAAAAGAAAGAGGAAGCUGAGAAACUAAAGCUUGAAGAGGAGGAACGUAGAAAGAAGGAGGAAGCUGAGAAACUGAAACUCGAGGAGGAGGAGCGUAGAAAGAAGGAGAAAGCUGAGAAAGUAAAGCUUGAAGAGGAGGAACGUAGAAAGAAGGAGGAAGCAGAGAAACUGAAACUCGAGGAAGAGGAACGUAAGAAUAAAGAAGAAGGAUCUGAGAAACUAAAACUGGAAGAGGAGGAACGUAAAGAGAAAGAGAAUGAUGAGAAACUAAAGGUUGAAGAGGUGGAACGUGGAAAGAAAGAAGAUUCUGAGAAAGUGAAACUUGAAGAGGAGGAGCGUAAAAAAAUGGAGUAUUCUGAAAAGUUGAAAGUCGCAGGGAAGAAGGAGGAAGAAGUUGCGAUACCCAAACGCGAGAAGGAAGAUCAUAGAGAAGAGGAAGAAGCGGGAGUCGAAGAAAGAAGCAAAAGGGAGAUCGAAGGGGAAACAGAGGAUGAAGAAGAGAUAAAGUCGAAGGAUGAAAGAAAGAGUUGGGAGCAACGAAAGAAAAAAGAGGAAGAAAAAAUUAGACGAGAGGAAGAAGAAGAGAGCAGAGCAGAAGAAGAUAGGAGGCGUAAACGUAAGGAACGUAGAAUGGCGGAGGAGGAAGAGACGUUACGAAAGGAAGAAGCCGAAAGGUUAAGAGCGGAAGAGGAGCGGAGGAAAAGGAAAGAGGAAGCUGAACAGAGCAGAAAGGAUCGAGAAGAAAGAUUAAAGAAACAGGAAAUGGAACGUUUGGAACGUAGACGUGCCGAGGAACGCCAGAGAAAGGAAGAUUUUGGACGCAUGAGAAAGGAGGAGGAAGAAAGGAUGAAUAUAAGAGAGAAGGAGAGGCAAGCUAGACGCGAGGAAAGUGCACGAUUGCUCAAGGAGGAAGAGGAUCGAUUGAGACGGAGACACGAGGAGGAAUUGUCCGCGAUAAAUAAAAGACGACGGGAAAGGGCGAGGGAUGAGAAUUGGUCGAGACUGAGGGAGAACGAAUCUGAUAGAUUUUUGAGAAGCAUAGACGACGAAAGAAGCAGGAGUAGCAGAUUAUCCAGAAUCUCUCCCGACGGAAGAAGUAGAUUUUAUCGCGUUGAUUCUGACUUACAAUUAGAAUCGACGCUUUCGGACUCAUCCAGAUCGUACAGUUGGAGAGAAUCUCUUGCUUCCUCUGGUAGAAGAAGCAUCGACGAUUACAUGGACUACAAAUUACGCGAGAGUUCGUUAAACAGAUCUCUGUACGACGUUGGGUCUUAUUACGGAACAAGAAGACGAAGGGAAGAACGCAUCAACAGGGCAAGGUCCAUCAGCUUGUUGAAAUACGACGAGUAUUACAUGGGCGAUACCGAUUCCACCCUUUCUUACAGCUCGUCGAGUAAGCCUCCUAGAUGUGGCAGAAUGAAGAUUCCUUCUCACAUCGAGUACGAUGAUCUUGAUUCGAGCAGUUUCGACAGUAUUGUGCAAGAUAAAGGAAAGAAGCCGUCGUUCUGUACGCGACUUACAAACAGAACGGUGGGCGAAGGUAUGAGAACGAGAUUAACGUGCACCGUUUUGGGACACCCGGAACCACGCGUUUACUGGAGAAAGGAUGGCCAAGAAUUAUCUCCUACGUCGAAUAAAUAUCAGACUCGAUUCGACAAUGGCAUGGCUUAUUUCGAAUUGAACGAGGCUCGCGUUGAGGACUCCGGCGUGUACACCUGUAUCGCAGAAAAUAUUCACGGAUCCACGUCCACCGAGUCGACUUUGAAAGUCUACAGAGACUUUGUACCACCGUUGUCGCCACCGACGUUUACGAAAUCCAUCAGAGACACAUAUCGACAUUCCGAUCACGAAUUAGCGUUAGAAUGUCGAGUCCGUGGAUACCCAAGCCCUACUAUUUCCUGGUUGAAAGAUGGAAAAGUCCUCGAUGAUGCCAGAUAUACUCAAAAGUAUUUAGACGAUGGUAUUUAUCGAUUAGAGAUAUCGAAUCCCGAUGCUUCGGACAGUGGACGUUACGUUUGCAGAGCGACGAACGAAAUGCAAUCCGCUGAAAUGUCGCACACCGUACACUUCGAAGGACGAGAUCGAAGAUCUGCUUAUAGAAGCAGGCGUAGUCGAAUCGCGGAGGACGAUACGAGCGUCGAAGCGUCGAGGCGGCCUCGCUUUUCAAAUUUCCUAAGCGACCACAGUGUACCUACCGGUGGUACUAUCGCUCUUCAGGUCGAAGUCAAAGGAACGCCAGUACCGGAAGUGAGAUGGUUGCACGGAGAACGAAAAGAACCGAUUUCGAUGUCAAAAGCAAAGACUUUCACGGAAUCUGGCGUUCAUACUCUGAUUGUGCCUGAAGCAACCGAAUCUGAAAGAGGUACCUACAUCUGCAGAGCUGUAAACGCUUAUGGAUACGUUGACACUGCUGCUACGAUCGAAAUAAUAUCUCCCGGUGCGAUCGAUGGUGGAAAACCGGCAAUGUUCGUUUCUAGACCUUCGGAAAAAUCAAUCGCGGUGGCUGUUGGAGAAGAUGUCAGUGUAUCUUUUAGAGUCACGGGUGUUCCGAAACCUCGAGUAACAUGGAUGAAAGGUAUGAAAGAUAUUACGGAUGGUCCGAGAUCGUACAAAGAAGCUAUCGAUGACUAUGUUAGAUUGACAUUGAAAAGAGCGACACCAUCCGACGAAGGUACUUAUUGUAUUUUGGUGAAGAAUCGAUAUGGAUGCGAUAGGAGUUUCUUCUCGAUCUGGAUCAAGCAAAGAGCGAGAUCUCUAACGCCGUUACCCGACUGGAAUCGCUCUGACGCAGGAAGUAUUCAAAACGAGGAUGAAUUGUCUUACAUAAAAGAUGUCCCUGGACCAGUCAGCAGCGAGCCAGUCGUCGUCGAUGGAGGAAAAAAUUGGUUGUCCUUGAGUUGGGGCAAGGCCGAGAGGAGAGGGCCAGCUCCGGUCAUCGCCUAUAAGGUGGACGCAUGGUUGAUGGGUGGGGAUGGUGGUGCUCGUUGGGUCGAGCUGGGCGUCACACCGAUAAACGCCUUAGACGCGUUCAAUCUCCGUCCAGGUGGAGAAUACAGAUUUCGUGUCACCCCACGAAAUCGAUAUGGAUGGGGCGAAUCCGUGACGACGUCGAAUUCCUUCACGGUCAGCGAAGUCGUUGAUCUUCCGGAAUUCAUCAAAAUUCUCCCUGGCCAAUUGAAGGCUCUCGAGGGCUCGACGAUCAAAUUGGAAUGCGAGAUUCGUGGAGAUCCAAAUAUAAAUGUCAAAUGGUAUCGCGAAACAGCCGAGAUCGAUCCUAACAACGAUUCGCGAUAUUCCGUCGGUAGGAGAGGUUUAAGGUGUUCUCUUGCCAUAGAAACUAUAAAAGAAGAUGAUUCCGGCAGAUAUAUUUGCGAGGCAUCGAAUAAAGUUGGUAAAGUGUCAUCUUUCGCUAGAGUACUCGUUGUCACCGAUCCGAAGAUCAUCGAAGCGGACGAGAAACUUAGAUCUAGAAUUUUGGGAGAUGAGCGAGAAGAAAGACCACCGCAGUUCGCCAUGAGAUUACGGGAUAGACGGGUUCAAGUUACUUAUCCCGUACGCUUAACGUGUCAGAUUAUUGGUUAUCCCGCUCCCGAGAUAAUUUGGUUUAAAAAUGCCGUUGAAAUUACUCAAGACGAACGUCACGUCUUUUGGAACGACGAUUCCAACUUCCACACUCUAGAGAUAAUUCAUUCGACGCUCGAGGACUCUGGAUGUUACAUGGUGACGGCAAAAAAUAUCCAUGGUUCGGUGUCCUGUCGAUCUAUCCUCGUAGUCGAUAAAGGAAUUCGUGCUUACGUUGCCCCUGAAUUUCUCUAUGGCCUGGAUGCAGUCUAUGCUGUAAGAUUAAACGACGAAUUACGAAUGUCAGCUCGGAUCGAAGCUUAUCCUAGCGUGGGUGUAGUAUGGCAUCGCGACGGAUUGCGUCUUCGGCCUAGUAGAAGAACUAUCAUGACCUUGAACCACGACGGUACAGUCGAAUUAUCUUUGGCCAAAGUUACGUGCAGGGACGCUGGUGUUUACAGUUGUACCGCGAUCAAUGAAGUUGGCCGUGCUGAGACAUCAACGAGAGUCAAUGUUAUUAUCGGAAUCGACGAAGCAGACGACAAACAGAUCGAAUCUCUUAUCGAAGGAUUGCCAACGGUGACCAUCGCUUCUCCCGAUGUGCCAUAUUCAAAGGAACCGCUAUUUGUUACGAAACCUUUAUCAACCGAGGCUCUCGAAGGAGAUACGGUCAUUAUACUUUGCGAGGUCGUUGGUGAUCCUAAACCGGAAGUUAUCUGGUUGCGCGAUUUCCUUAAGCCCGAUUACUAUAGAGACGCUCCUCAUUUUCGUUUGGUGGAUAACGGUCCUCAAUACAGACUGGAAAUACCUCACGCGAAGCUCGACUUUACCGGAACGUAUUCGGUGAUCGCUCGAAAUUGUCAUGGAGAAGCGAAAGCCAUAAUUUCUUUGCAAAUAUAUGCCAAAGGUCAAGGAAAAGAGACGACGAUGAAAAAGUCGCCGAUUACGCACGGGAAAGUGCUCACCCUGCCCAUGGUAACCAGGGAACUCAGAGAUAUAAGAUGUUGCGACGGCGACGCUGUCACUUUGGAGUGUAAAUUUCUUGCCACGCCCGAACGACCCAACGUUCGUUGGGAAAAGGGUGGAAAGGUAAUAACCAUGGGUAACGAUUUUACGAGUGAAUUCGACGGCGAAGUAGCACGUCUAAGCAUCCAACACGUAUAUCCUGAGGACGAGGGAGAGUACACGUGUGUCGCUUACAACGAACUUGGGAAGGCAUUCACGUCGGCUUGUCUCGUCGUCGAUGUUCCCGAGGGCAAAGAAAACGUACUGAGCGAGAGAUUAUCACGACCGGUCGGUCUACUAUCGGCCGGAUCAACGCCUCGAUCGACUCCACGAUCCACGCCUAUCAGAAGUUUAUCUCCUGCGAUUUCCCACGGCCGCGAACUCAGGUCUCCUCAAUUUCCUCCACGACGUGGUUCGACGAUAAAACGACCAAAGAUCAGUCCACCGAAAUUUUAUUCUGUACCGCACAAUCGAGUGGUCGAAGAGGGUGAAACCGUGCGUUUUCAAUGCGCGGUCGUCGGUCAUCCAACGCCCUGGCUGAAGUGGGAUAAAAACGGAAUCGUUGUCACGCCGACCGCAAGAAUUUCCAUCGUAGAAAAGGACGACGUGAAGAUCUUGGAGAUCGGAGAGGUUACGCAAGAGGAUGCCGGUCUUUACAGAGUUACCUUGGAAAACGAUUUUGGUAGAAUCGAGGCUAGUGCUCGACUCGAAGUGAUAAAUCGGCACGGAUCUUACGGGCGAACUAUAAGAACUAGAAGCGCCUCUCCGAGGAUUCAUCCUUCUUUUUCUCGAAGUCUUCUCGAUACGACUACGAGGAUGGACGGCCGUUUACGAUUGCAAUGCGGCCUGAGAGGAACUCCUAGUCCGACGCCAACGUGGUAUAGGAACGGACGACCUUUGCCCCGUUCGAAUAGAAUAAAGAGGCACUUUGACGGUAAAACCGCGAAAAUCGAAAUUUCGAAAGUAAAAGCGAGCGACGCGGGCGAAUAUGCUUGCGUGGCAACGAACGUCCUUGGUUCAGCGAGGAACACCUGUCAGGUAACCGUACUCGAUCCACACGAUUCUUCAACCUUGGACAAAGAACCCCCGAAAUUCUUGCAAUCGCUUCCCGAAGAGUCGAUCGUCAUGGAGGGAAAUUCUUAUGAACUUCGUACCAAACUUGCUGGUACUCCUCCAUUCUCGAUCAAUUGGUUGAAAGAUAAACGCGAGAUACCCGACGACGAUCUUCAUAAUUACGUUUCGCACAGCGAUGGCGGAAUCUCCCUUAGACUCUCCGAUGCCCAUCCACGAGACGCUGGAGAGUACGCUUGCAUCGUUCGAAACGAAUUCGGAGAAACGUCUUGCGGCGGUCUCCUUGCUGUUCAAGAUUAUAAGGCUAUUCCGAAUCUCGCGCCACGAUUUACUAAAACGCCGCUAACUCGAAUCGUCUCGAAGGGCGAGACCGCGUGUUUCUGCGCACGAGUACAGUGUGGAAAGCCAAUGAACUUUUCGUGGACUAUUAACGGAAAAGACGCCAGGGAUAAUGCUAGAUGCAAGAUCGAGAUAGACGAAAAUGUCAGCAUUUUGAAGAUACGCGACGUCUCCUCGCGAGACACGGGUGAAAUUCGCUGCACAGCUUCCGUCCUUGGAAAUGGUCCAUCGAUCUGCUGUACGACGGAAUUGCGAUUGAAUCGGGUUUCGUGUACGUCCGAAAAUCGCACUUCCAAUGCGAAGAAAGAAAGAAAGAUAUCUCAUAACCGUGAAAAAUCACCGUCUCCGUCGUUUAAUCGUACGCCCGACUCCAAACUCUUCCAGACUCUUUCGAGCUCUUUCAGAAGAUCUAAAAAGGAACAGCAUUUCCUUUCGACGAACGUUUCCCAUCAAAAGGAAGAAAGAUUCAAACGCACGAGAUCGUCCUCGCUUCCUUUAAGAACGAAAGCCUCGAGCCCUAAACGACUGUCUCCGUUACCGAAGGAGAAAAAUGCAGUUCCUUCGACGGAUUUGCAUAUCUCGAAGACGAAGAAAAACGAAUCGAAUGAGAUAGACGUAAUGCCAUUUACGUGCGUAGAACGAUCUCUGUUAACAUCGAGAACGGAUAACGAGUGUAUCAAAGUUGACGACGAAUCGUCCAACGAAUUGGACGAUUUUGUAGCAGCUGCGAUCGUUAAGGCUCCCACCGACGUAAAAGUCUUCAGAGGUAACAAGCUCGUUCUCAGGAUUACCUAUCGUGGCCAUCCCGAGCCACUGGUCAAAUGGUUCCGUGCGGGUCGAGAAUUAAGGUCCGAGGAGAAAAUUGGGAUUACCUACGGUGCCGGUGUCUCUCAUUUAACGUUGGACGAUAUAACGGCGGAUCAUGCUGGAAAAUACGAAGUGUCGGUGGAAAAUUUAUUAGCACUGGAUCGACAAUUUUUUAGUCUCGCCGUUGAAGGACCACCGGAUCCACCGACAGGUACUCCAAGCGUAACGCGUUCGAAGAAUUCGGUAACGAUUGCCUGGAGAUCACCGGCUUACGACGGUGGUUGCACGAUAACCGGUUAUACCAUCGAGAUGAAUCGACGAGAAGAUAACUCCUGGACGGUCAUUGCUGAAUCCUGUCAUUCUCUGAGUCAUACGGUGCUCGCAUCGUCAAACGAUUCUAUCGUCGCUGGUGAAAGCUACCGUUUCAGGGUCAGGGGGGAAAAUAUUCAUGGGGUCGGUGAACCCAGUGCUCGGUCCGAACUCGUUAGGAUACCUCGAGAAGGAGAAACGAUUUUACAGAACGAGGAAGAGGAAGAAUUCGCAGCAGCUUUCGAAGCUCGCACGGUUCAUGCGGAGGACUCGCAAUCGUUCGUCGACAGAUACGAUGUCUUCGAAGAACUCGGGAAAGGCCGCUAUGGCGUCGUUAAAAGGGUCGUCGAAAAGUCGUCGAACGAAAGUUUCGCCGCGAAAUUCGUUAGAACGAUCAAGAGUAAGGAUCGAGAACAAGUUCGCGAGGAAAUAAACAUUAUGAAUAGGCUCAGACAUCCGAAGCUUCUGCUUCUAGCAGCCGCUUUCGAGGGUCCUCGAGAAAUCAUAAUGGUCACUGAAUACAUUUCCGGUGGCGAACUUUUCGAGAGAGUCGUGGCAGAUGAUUUUACUCUGACCGAACGAGACAGCAUGCUUUUUAUGAGGCAGAUUUGCGAGGGCGUCGAGUACAUGCAUAAAAAUAAUGUCGUCCAUUUAGAUCUGAAGCCAGAAAAUAUAAUGUGCCGAACGCGAACUUCCCAUAAAAUCAAGCUCAUCGACUUCGGAUUAGCGCAAACCCUUAAACCGGACACACCGAUCAGAGUCUUGUUCGGUACACCAGAGUUCAUACCACCUGAAAUUAUAAGCUACGAACCAAUUGGGACCGAGUCGGAUAUGUGGAGCGUCGGCGUCAUCUGUUACGUACUAUUAACGGGGCUGUCGCCUUUUAUGGGUGACAACGACGCCGAGACGUUCGCGAAUAUAACGAGAGCCGAUUACGAUCUGGACGAUGAAGCUUUCGACGCUAUUUCGAACGAUGCUAAAGACUUUAUCACUGGUUUACUUGUUAAACGAAAAGAAUCGCGCAUGUCGUCGAGGCAAUGUCUAGAACACCCGUGGAUGGCCCAACAUGCUGAAAGUAUGAGCAGGGUGGCAUUACCAACGGACAAGUUAAAGAAAUUUAUCGUACGUAGAAAGUGGCAGAAAACAGGAAAUGCCAUUCGUGCGCUAGGAAGAAUGGCGAUUCUUUCGGCAAACAGUAAAAAAAGCCCAGCGACGACGGCAGAGUGUUCGGAGACGUGUGGUUCGACCAACAAUACGGACAACUUCGUUAUCGAUGAAAGAGAAAAAUCUUUUGACCCUUCGACGAAUACGGAUAGAAACGAUGCGAAUGAUGCGAUGAACGAGCUAGAAGAGAAUUCGAACUCCUCGUUCGAACUCGAAGGAACGAAACGGAAAAGUAGCCUGUACUCGUUUUGUUACAAAACGGAAGUAAAUAUUUCAUUGCAAGAAGAAUCGGACGGUGAAGUAGGUAAGGACAAAGACGAGGACGAAAGGGAGGAAAUAUUUUCUGCGAUCGAUAACGUAUAUUUGGAAAAUACGGGAGAAAACGAAUUGGCUACGGAAAAAGAACAUUUCGAGGGACGAGACUCGGCGAAUGUAGAAAGGAAAUCAUCGGAAACCGAUACAGAUUCCGUAUCUGGUAGAUUUCAAAAUCAACGACGAGUGUUUCGAGGAGACUCGCGUGAUUCCGGAAUUGCCGAUUGCAAUUCGAAUUUAGCUACUUCGUCGUUGCAAUUAGACGAGUUGGGAAUCGUUUCGAUCAUCGAAGAGGAAACGGACAGCGAGACUAGUUCGAAAUCUUCGAGAGACGAUACAGGGAGUACCGAAGCUACCUCGCAAAGUAACCUAAUUAAAGCUUCGCGCGAGACUAAUCCCGUCCAAGAAGACGCCAAUCAAAAUCAGGAUGCAAGGAUGAUCGUUGCUCGCAAUCGAGAAAAAUUCGUUCCUACGGGGAACGUCAGUCGUACAGCAAAGAUGUUUGAACAGGAGGCAGCGUCCUUAAAAUCAUUGGCAGCCUCUCAAAUUCAGAUUGUACAUCGCGCCUAUCCGACAGCAACGAUGGCCACUGGUAAACCGCACAACGAGAGGAUACAAAGAGUUUUUGCCUUUUGGAAUAAAUAAGAAGACUUUUUUAGUUGUGUCCAUUCUUUUUUUUUAUCGAUGAGAUAUAUCAAGUUUUUCGAAAAUUGACGGCACCGUAUUUAAUUUUUUCAUUUCAUCGCCUACUCGCGCGCACACGCACACACACACACACACACACAUCAAAACACACAAUUAUAAUCGAAUACAAGUGUUAUGCGAAUAAGAAUCUUCUUAACCAGUUAGCUGUCAUUGACGAGUAUACUCGUCAUGGAGAAAUGGCAAUAUUUUGUUGUGUUAUGACGAGAAUAUUCGUUAUUCGUCGAUGUAAAAAGUAGUUACCAUUUGUUAUUUAAGUUAAGUAAAUAAAUAUUAGUAAUAAAAUUAUUAAUUUCAUAAAGGACUAAAAAUCAUUUGAUUAUAACUCAAUAUUAAAAUAGCUACGCGCGUUCGACGAGUAUACUCCUUAUCGCUUCAUUUUUGCUACACUUUUUCGUGCGCACUUUUACAAUAGAGUGAUACAGCCAACUGGUUAAGGUAUUAGUCAAGUUUCUUCGAUAAGACCGAAUAAUGGAAAAGCUAUCGUGUCUUGUUGUUGAUCGUGUCUAUAAUGUUCAUGUAGAUACUUACUUUUAGUGAGAAAUAAAAUUUAUUCAAGUAUUGUUAUAA